CGGAGCAGCGGCCGUUUCCCAUAGCAACGGUAGACACAAGCACACAACCUGACAACAGGCGCUGCUGAUAUCUGAGAGAACGGCGGGAGACUCCUUCAGACCACACAGGGGAAAUUAUUAUCAGAGUAAGCAGCUCUCAUCAGCAGGCGGCAUGAAUUUAAACGACUUUGUGGUCCUUCCCAGCAAGCCAAAGUCGGUGAAGUUAAAUGCCAGGAAUGUGCGAGAGCUGCGCAUGGAGACAGUUCACCUGGACCAGGAGAACAAGGACAUGGAGAACAGACUGCAGGAGCUCAGAGAGAUCAUGAGGCGCGAGAAAGAAGAGAGAGAGAAGUCUGGCGCUCUCCGCUGGAAGUCUGCCCAGGCCAGCAGCGGGCCGCGGAGUAAAGAGAACAGAGUCAAACUUUCUGCUGGCAAGAUGAAGAUAAGAGUGCUGAAGGAGGAUUCCCUGCCAGAGACACGCAAACCACCUGAAAAAGUGCCAGGACCUCAACCUGUGGACCAGACACCGGGAUCCAGUCGUAAGCCGAGACUGAAGGGCAAAUUGUGCGGCCAGUGUGAAGCCAAAACUGCUGGACUGGUGUGCGCCGAAUGCGGAGAGGACUACUGCGUCGGCUGCUUCGCCAGGUUUCAUCAGAAGGGGGCACUGAAGCACCACCGAAUGAUUUCUAUACAGGCAGAGCUGCAGACGACGGUCAGCAGCCUGGAUGUUCUGAGUCGUUUCCAGAAGCAGAUUGGAGAGGAAAGAGAGACGCCCAGCCAAUCCACUACCAGCAAAGUGAUUAGUCCAGCUGUGUGGAGGACACACCCAGCAGGAGAACCUGCAUGUGAUACACAAACACAGAAAGCACAGGUAUUGUUUGUGAACGAGGGUGAUGAAAUGGAGGAUGAUGAAGAAGAUGAAGGCUCUCUGCUGAAUGGCUGUUUUGAUGAAGUAGAGUCGUCUCGAUCCUUCCAGCAGGCGUUGAAUGAGUGGAGGCAGGGAAAGCAGGCAGAAGAACGCAGGGUACCAGUAACGAUGGAGGUAAUGGGUACUCAGGCUGAGGAAAGCAUUCAGCAGCCCAUUCGUAUCGAGUUCAGGGAACACGGUCUGAGCUACAUGGAGAAGCUGCUGCUGAAGAAGCACCGCAGAACUCCGAUUGAAUCUUAUUAUCCAUAUCCUGCCCUGAGCUCCCCACCGGACUCACCCACACCCUCACCCACACAGCCUGCUGAAGAGAGACACGAGCUAACAGCUGAGGAGGUGGAUCUGCACAAAUACUGCGUGUCUCUGUUUGCGGUGUCCAGCCCAGCAGGAGAAGAGCAUCCGGAUAAAACCACCAAAUCCUGCCUGAGUAUCACAGAGAUAGACGAGACAGUUGGCGACUCUCUGGAGUUCGGCUCCUCUGGUGUCAAGCAGGGACACGAUAAGAAAAAGUUGAACCAAGAAAGUAAGGACUCCUUAACCCCUUUCAGACCGGAAGAAGAGAAGAUUCCUUAUCCAGCAAGGACAAUUACUUCCUCAUAUAGUAGACUUGCACUACCUAUUGAAAGAACUUGCCAGUCACCAGAACCUCUCCAAUCAUCAUCAUCUGACCAAUUCCAAUCAUUCACUGAUUAUUACCAGAAGCCUCAGGAUCCCAAAUCAAAGAAUCCCUCAUUUGACUUCACCACCUUGCAACUGAAAUUAAGUGCAAAUCAGCCAGUGGAACAAGAACACCAACAAACGCAAUCACCAAGAUCUGGCAACUCACCCAGACCUCAGUUGCCAAGACGUUCUGCUCUACUAAAACCAGAAUUCAGAUUUACAGAAACAGAUUUUUCCUCUUCUGAUGCGUCCUCCAAGAACAGUUCACGCCAAGGUAGUGCAGAUGCUCUGAGCAGAGAUUUAUUUCAUUUGCCCCCAAACCAUAGUCCAUCAUCUGUGCUUUUUCACUCUUCUGGCCCCAAAUUAAGCCAAGAUUCUCCAGACUGCCAUCUUUCAAACUCUAAUCUGACCAGUCCAUCUGUUUCACAGCUUUUGGCCAAUUCUACAGAAUAUUCACCUACUCCUAGUCCAACACCAGACGUCUUAAAACCUGCUGGAGGUUCUCUAGCCUUUAGUCCAGGACCAGAAGUUCUUAAAUCAACUGUAGAUUGUCUAACUCCUACCCUUAGACCAGUAUCUCCCAUGUUUACUGCAGAUUAUCCACCCCCAACCUUGAGACCAGUAGUCCAGAAGUCUACUUCAGAUUCUCCAACUCCUAGACAAAGGACAGUAGUCCUCACGCCUGCUAAAGGAUCUCCAACGUCUACCCCGAGGCCAGUAGUCUUCAAAUCUUCUGAAGAUUAUCUAACUUCUAGUCCUAGACCAGUAUCCAUCAUGCCUACUAGAGGUUAUUCAACUUCUAGCCCAAGAGCAAUGGUUGUCAGGUCUACUAAAGAUUCUCCAACACCUAGUCCAAGGCAUGUAGUCUUGGAAUCUUCAACAUAUUCUCCAACUCCCAGCCCAAAACCAGAAGUUCUCAAGUCUACUGCAAGUUCUCCAACUCCCAGCCCAAGACUAGUAACCCUCAAUUCUACAGAAGUUUCUCCUAUUCCUAGCCCAAGACCAGUAGCUCUAACUUCUACAGAAGAUUCUUCAUUUUCUAGCCCAAGACCAAAAGUCCUCAGAUCUACUGCAAAUUCUCCAUCUCCCAGCCCAAGACUAGUAGUCUUCAAAUCAACUACAGAUUCUCCAACCUCUAGCCCAAGAUCAGUAAUCCUGGAGUCUACUACAGAUUCUCCUACUUCUAACCCAAGACCAGUAUUUUUCCAGUCUGCUGCAGAUUCUCCAACCCCUAGCCCAAGACCAAUAGUCUACAAAUCUACUAGCCCAAGACCAUCAGCUCUCACACCUGCUAAAGACUCUCUAACUCUGAGCCCAACACUAUCAGUCCUCAGGUCUGCUACAGAUCCCCCAACUUCUAGCCCAAGACCAGCAGUCCUGGAGUCUACAGCAUAUUCACCAACCUCUAGCCCAAGACCAGAAGUACUGGAGUCUACAGCAUAUUCACCAACCUCUAGCCCAAGACCAGACGUCCUCAUGUCUAUGGUCGAUUCUCCAUCUCCUAGCCCAAGUCCUGUAAUCCCCAAAUCUAACAUCAAUUCUCUAAGUAAUAGUCCAAGACCAGUAACCCUCAAGUCUAAAGCAGAUUAUCCAUCUCCUAGCCCAACACCAGUAGCCCUUGAGUUUUCCUCAGACUCUCCACCUUGUAAACCAAAACCAGAAAUCCUGGAGACUACAGCUGGUACUUUUAGCCCAAGACCAGAAGUCCUCACAUCUACUGCAGAUUCUCCAACUCCUAGUCCAAGAACGGUAGCCCUUACACCUGCUGCAGACUCUUCAACUUCUAGCCCAAUACUAGUAGUCUUCAAAUCAACUACAGAUUCUCCAACCUCUAGCCCAAGAUCAGUAAUCCUGGAGUCUACUACAGAUUCUCCUACUUCUAACCCAAGACCAGUAUUUUUCCAGUCUGCUGCAGAUUCUCCAACCCCUAGCCCAAGACCAAUAGUCUACAAAUCUACUAGCCCAAGACCAUCAGCUCUCACACCUGCUAAAGACUCUCUAACUCUGAGCCCAACACUAUCAGUCCUCAGGUCUGCUACAGAUCCCCCAACUUCUAGCCCAAGACCAGCAGUCCUGGAGUCUACAGCAUAUUCACCAACCUCUAGCCCAAGACCAGAAGUACUGGAGUCUACAGCAUAUUCACCAACCUCUAGCCCAAGACCAGACGUCCUCAUGUCUAUGGUCGAUUCUCCAUCUCCUAGCCCAAGACCUGUAAUCCCCAAAUCUAACAUCAAUUCUCUAAGUAAUAGUCCAAGACCAGUAACCCUCAAGUCUAAAGCAGAUUAUCCAUCUCCUAGCCCAACACCAGUAGCCCUUGAGUUUUCCUCAGACUCUCCACCUUGUAAACCAAAACCAGAAAUCCUGGAGACUACAGCUGGUACUUUUAGCCCAAGACCAGAAGUCCUCACAUCUACUGCAGAUUCUCCAACUCCUAGUCCAAGAACGGUAGCCCUUACACCUGCUGCAGACUCUUCAACUUCUAGCCCAAGACCCACAAACCUGAAGUCUACAGCAAAUUUACCAGCUCAAAGCCCAAGACCAGUAGACCUCAAAUCAGUUGCAGAUUCUCCAACUUCUAGCCCAAGACCAGUAAUCCUCAAGUCUACAGCAAGACCAGAAGUUCUGGAGUCUUCAGCAGAUUCUCCAUUCUUUAGUCCAGAACCAACAAACACACAAUCACAGUGCAUCAGAUCCUCACAGUCCAUAGAAGAGGAUUCAUUGUCCUUAUAUGACUCCCUUCGUCCAUUGUCUAAUACUGCAAAGUCAGCGUAUCUACACAAGUCAUCUUCACAGCCCAGCUCUCCACCUUCUCUUCAGCUCAGCAUCUCAGAUUCGGACACGCUGAGUGAUAGUUUAGGUCUGAUAUCUGAUGAAGACUCUUCUGAUGAAGAAAUGAAAAGAUGCAACAGUAGAGAGCAACAUCCUGCUCUCUCUCCCACUGCAGUGGCUCCUCCAGACCUGUUGGACUCCUCUGGACCCGCGCUGGACUCCUCUGGACCCGCACUGGACUCCUCUGGACCAGCGCUGGACUCCUCUGGACCAGCUCUGGACUCCUCUGGACCUGAGCUGGACUCCUCUGGACCAGAGCUGGAGGGCCAUCACUCAGGCCUGUUCACUGAGCCGUCUCAGGCUCUUAUCUCUCUCGCCCAGCGAAAGGCCUUUGAUUCACAUCCCUACCAGGGCCUGGAGGGCUUCUUCACUCUAGAACUGGACCCCAGCUCUGUCCAGCCAAGUCCAGCUCCACCUCAAACCCCUACAGAGAACCAUGCACUUCCACUGACCCUUAUGACAGGUCAGGGCAGCUGGAGGCCAGUCAGUAGUCUUAGUCACUGUGCAGAGGAGGAGCAUGUUGCUGCUGUAAUGAACAAACAGCCAAUCAUCAGGAACAGCUCACGUUCUGCCACGCCCAUCAGCAAUCAAGCUCCACCCCAGAGGCGGGAUCUUCUCUCAGGGUUCUCCAGCAGAAACACUCAGAGCUUCUCUCGGCCAAACUCAAGAGAAGUGAACCCUGCCGUGACCCCAGUGUUCAGACCUCUGUCUCACACUGCGGAGGAGAUCCUGAGGGUUCAGACUGUAGAGCGAUCAGAGCUGAUAGACUCUGAGGACGAGGAUGAUGAAGAUUUUCAGACUCUGGCUGGACUGGAGGAGGAGCUCAGACAGAUGAGUGCUGAACCAUGUCAACAGGAACAGAAGAAAAUGCUGAAAAUGUGAUGAUUCAGAACACGGACAGACAAAGGUUUUACUAAAGUAAUCUUUUUCUUUAUUUAACUGAGUUAGUACAUUCUUUACAUUCAGAUUUAUUUUGGAGCAUUUCUAUUGGUCAGUUUAUCAAUAAAGUAGCUGAAAUCAUAUUAAUUAAAGGGAAGUCCACAAAUGUUUGUGCAUAUACUGUAUAUGGUGCUGUUUAUUUAGCACAUGUAUGUUUUAAUCAUCAUUUAAAUAAAGUAGAAAUAAAAUAU